UAGAUAUUGACAAAUUUCAAAGGUGUACUUUCGAUUGAGUUCUUCUUCUAUUACGUUUUAAUUUCUUUACAAGGAUUGAUGUAAAUAACACGAAAACUUUGUUAUCCAGACAAUGGACCGUGACCCAGAAGGCCAGCAUGUGAUGUCCCUGAGGCUGUCCAGAGUUCUAAGGGACAUCGGCGUGACCAAACAGAUGGUGGCUCGGAGGAGGAGGACAUACUCGAUACAUGAGAAGAUGAUGAAUGUUAUUACAUACAUCGACAAUGAUCGUUGGAUUAAAAACGCGUUUGUAUUCGGUAGCCAAUCGGAAGGGACAACGACUCUAGGCAUGAAAUCAGAUAGAGAUAUUCUACAAUGUAUGAACGAUUUCAGUGUGAUAAUAGACUGGGCAGACUGGGAGCCAGGGAAGAGGUGUCUUUUGGUGAUAAAGAACGAUCGUUCUCCGCCCCAGCACUGUUGUAUACAGAUUGUAAAACGUGACUGUCCACUGCCUGAAACACUGAAUAAUGUGAACGCAAAAUGGGAUGUCGAAGAAACUAUGGAUGGCAGGGUGUUGUUGAAAAACACUUUUAUAGAUAGUGUGAUAAAGCAAAACUUUGGUCGGUUAUUUAGGAAACAAGGGCCAUCAAGAAGUAAUAGCAAAGAUUUAGACUACAUAAACGCGUUUAGAUACAAUGGACCGCUGUUCGAAUGCAAUUUCCUAUUCACAAGACCAAAGCCUGGUCACUGGCCAAGACCUGAAAUACUCACAAAGGCACGUCAUUGUAAAACAUUCCUCGUCCCACAAGGACACGCCGAGAGUGAUCAGUCAAAACUGGAAUGGAGGUUUUCUACGUCACUGAUUGAAAGACUGCUCAUGUUUGAUCUCAAUAUUCUGAAAAUACAGGUUUAUACAUUUCUAAAGAUCUUACGAAAGUCUUUCUUCAAACCGUUAGUUGGUGAUAGACUGAGCACGUUUCAUUUCAAAACCGCUUUUUUGUUCACUCUAGAGGCAUAUCCUCCAGAGAUCUGGCAGGAACGUAACCUGCUGCAGUGUGUUAUAAACUGCCUAAAAACUCUUCAACGUUGGUUCAACCUUCGACACUGUCCACAUUACACGAUCUCGGGAGUGGACCUAUUUGUGGGAAAACUGAGAAAAUGGGAGUUUUCUCUUCUAUCAACAGUUCUGUCUGACAUGAUAGACAACAUCAUGGACUACGUCUCCCAGAUAGUAAUGGACCAGAUAGGGGAGAGGAUCGUUGACAAAUCCAGAGCAGUCAGUACAAGAUAUCAGAACACAUUGGCUACAGUGAUAUACUGCUUCAGUGCAAAUAUAGUUGAUAUUUUCGAUAUUUAUUUAUACUCGACGACUAAAAGAAAUAACAUUUCCAAAACAAAGAACAUUAUCAUAAAAAUUCAGGAGAUUCUAAAUGAAUCGGAUAUACGGUCAGAAUUGCAACAUGCAGUUAAAUGGAUGUAUCAAUACAUUGCCACCAUGGCGGCAUCUGCGUGUCUUCACUGGAACCAACCAAUACCGCCAGACAUUUACCGCCUGUAUGAGGCCUCCCUAGACUCUGACCUCACCUCUAGCAGAUUAAAGUUGGCAUCCAUGAUGUACUGCAGUGGUCAGUAUGAGAGGGCGGAAUUGGUGUUGGCCUACACGGAGGGACUGCUGCAUGCCGAUGUGUGGCAGUUUAGUCGAUGUCCAGGAAGGUCGUUACCAGAGCCUUCUGAGAGGUUUCUACAAAAGGCUUAUGAGAUUCCUGUUUUAGAAGUGCUUAAACGACAUGUUGCAUGCAGCGUUGUUUUUAAUUCAUUAGAGGUAUGCUGUGUACCCUGGUUCCUAGUAUACGAGAUGCAUAGAACGAUUCGUCCUAAAGAUUUUCACCACAGAAAUCCAAUACAUGAAAAAUGGAUUGACCUUGUAGUGAUUGACUCCAAACCAUUCAUGUUCUACCUGCAGUACCUCACAUUCAGACAACUUGGAGAACAAGAAAGAAGACGGGAAGCACUACACAAGUUACACAACUAUGUUUGUGUUGAGAGUCGAGGGCGUGGAAAUAUAGAGACAGCCCUCCAUGUACUUGGUCACUGCUAUGAACUGGAGAACCAAUAUGAUGUGGCAUGGACAUGCUAUAGAAAAUCCCUCAAACUCUUCCCCUAUAACAACGCAGCUAGAUGGCAUAUCAUGAGACUCCUCCAGCAGUCAUAA